AUGGGCUCAGACUUUAGCACAGUGAAGACAAGAAAGGUCACUUUUUGCUCCAUCUGCAAGUCCAUGAUGUCUCACCCAGUGAGCAUCAACUGUGGACACAGCUACUGCAAAUCCUGCAUACAGAGCCAUUAUUGCAAUGUCAGCUCAAGGACAGGAUGGAAGAUGUUGGGCUGCCCUUUGUGUAGUAGUCCAUUUAGUUUAGAGAACCUCAGGCCCAACAAGGAGCUAGAAACCAUAACUGAUAUGAUCAAAGGGAUAGAAGGGCAGGAUCAUGACACAGUGUGUGAGGAACAUGAAGAGAAGCUUAAUCGCUUUUGUGGAGAUGAUGGUCAGCUCCUCUGCUGGCGCUGUUGUUGGGAAGAUCAGCACAAAGGUCAUACCUUAUUUGCUGUGAAUGAUGUGUACUAGAACUAUAAGAAAAAACUCCAGAAUACCAUGACAAAAUUGAGUGAACUCUAAGAGACUCUCGAAGUUCAGAUACAUUUCAUAACAAGCCAAAUAAAUGCCUGGAAGGUAUUUGGUCACAGUAAGGAACUGUGUUUACUGCAUAGUUACAUCAAUGUGAUCCAGGACCCCAGCACAGCCCAUCUCAACCUAGCUCUGUCUAAAGGUGGAAGACUAGUGACUAACGAAAGAUGCCACAGGGAUCUUCAGGCUUCUGCCAAGAGGCUUUAUGAUUUGCCCUGUGUCCUAGGCUCUGAGGGUUUUACUGUAUGAAGAUAUUACUUUGUCUCUGUUGAGAAUGCAACCAGUUGAGAUGUAGGAGUCUGUUUAGAGACAGUGCAGAGGGGCUUUAACAUGAAGAAGGAGCUUGAGUAGUUUGGAUUCUGGACUAUCAAGAUGUCUGAAGAGGAUGGCCUUGAAGCUCUCACUUCUGCCCCUACUCCUCUCCUUUAUCUGAGUGAAAAGCCCCAGCUAGUGGGAGUUUUUCUAGACUAUGAGGCUGGAGUUGUAUCUUUUUGCAGUGUAACCACUGGCUCCCACAUCUUCACCUUCCCCAAGGCUUCUUUCUGGGAUACCCUGAGGCCCAUUUUCCAGGUUUAUCAACAUUCUCCUUUGUUCCUACCUGCCAUAAAUAAUCAUGGAAAGAAGUAA